AAGUUCACAAGCUGUUUACUUUGUCGCGUUAUUAGCAAAAUGUGAAAAAAAAUCAGUGUAAUAGCCGCGUCGAAGCGGUUUAUAAGUAUAUAAUGUGUUUUAAUAUGUUUUUGUAUUAUUUUAUUGUUUUGUUCACGUUUGUGUUGUGCUAUAGUGAGGAGGAUCUUGGAUACAGUUUAAAUAUUGGAAACGCUAUCGAUGUGUUUGCGAACUAUGGCGACCUGUCCCAAGUAACACAGGUAAUAUCAGCAGACUACGAAGGUGAAGAAAGCGAAGACUCCAUAGUUCCGUUCAGCGAAAAGAAUAUAAAAGUCUUCACCAAUGUCACCAGCAAGGAAAGCGGGGGUGAAGCCGAUGGAGUUACUAGCAUGGAACUCAUGCUAUGUGAAACAUUCGAUGACCUGCUUGAUGCAUACUUCAAGAAUUUCAAGAUCGAAGGAACAGACAAGCCAUGGAAAGCGUUCAUGGGAGAUUGGAUCCACGACGAAAUAAUGAGGACAUUCGGCAUAGAAUAUGAAAUAAUGAGGAAUUUCGGCAUAGAUUGUUGUUUCGUACUUGUCAAAUUGACGAAAAUGCACAAGACGGUAGAACUGGGGAACUUGAACAACGUAGGCGUAAAGGAUUAUGUUAUGAGAGCCAUUGAAGAUCUGAAUGUAACAAACACUGCAGAUGUCAGAAGGUUCAUGAAGAGCUAUGGGACGCACUACAUCCAUUCUUAUGCGACUGGAAAUAUUAUUUACCAGGUGUUCAAGUACAAGAGGCGUGGAUUUGACUUACUGCGUUCAUACAUCGCGAUGCGCAACACUGGACAAGCAAGUUCUGCUAAUCUUCGCUUCUAUUUCUCAUCAUAUUUCCUCAAACAAGUCGGUGAUAUCAAAAUAGCUAGCGGCAAUAAGACAAUAGAAACAUGGGCACGAACCAAUCUUCGGGACAGCCAAUACCUUUACUCAAGACCAAGUCUUCUACGAUUAAACUACAACGCCGUUCUAGUUCACAAGUUGAACAAUUUAAUGGACAAUGGAGCCUUAAUAGCCCUUAACUUGAAGACUUUAAGGCCAUUAUUCAGAGACAAACGCAAAGCAGAUAAAUAUGCUGAAAUAGUACAAAAUGAUUUACAAUUAUGGGAAAACAAUGCUUAGUUUAAUUUUGAAAAUUGUGAUUUAAUAUUGUUUUAAAUAUAAAAAUUAACUACUGCA